UCCAAUGAGCAACAUCACUCAAUUAAUUCACAUCCCAAGUUUACAAUCGGUUUUGUCAGUAUUAUUUUCAGUGGUCAUUUUCUGGAAGUAUCUGUCCUAAUGCCGAGAACACAGGAGAUAACAGCCCCAGGUUCCGAUGCGAACCCCUGCCCUAGUGUGACAGGACUCCAGACCCCUGAUCUUUCCCGCAUGGAGGACCUCGCUUUACACGCAGCAGAGAUGGCGGGAGGUUUCCUCGCGGUUAUGGAGCCCGCUCUGCGCCCCUGGAGAGACGAGCUGUGUGAAUUUGGGGUUCUGCACGGUCCAAAACUCUGGAAGCACAGCUGCAGAGUGACAGUUGGAUCCAGGAGGCGUCUGACCAACCGAGGAGUGUCUGAGUCGCUGCAGCUGGAGCUGGAAACAGGAUGUGAAGUGAAAUGAAGUGGCUCUGGGGCGGAACCAGCCCCUGAAGCGGGACAAGCCCAAAUGGAAGAGCGACUACCCCAUGACGGACGGGCAGCUGCGGAGCAAGCGCGAUGAAUUCUGGGACACGGCGCCGGCCUUCGAGGGCCGCAAGGAGAUCUGGGACGCGCUCAAGGCCGCCGCCCACGCCUUCGAGAGCGGCGACCACGAGCUGGCGCAGGCCAUCAUCGACGGGGCGAGCAUCACGCUGCCGCACGGUGCCCUGACGGAGUGCUACGACGAGCUGGGCAGCAGGUAUCAGGUGCCCAUCUACUGCCUGGCCCCGCCCGUCAACACGAUCGAGGAGAAGAGUGAGCUGAGCGAGCUGGACGCGCGGGACGUCCCGGAGCCCCCCCCGCCGGACUCGGGCCAGGAGUGCCUGCUCCGCCUGCGCCUCUCCAGCGGGCGGGACCUGCGGCUGCCCGUGCGCUCCACCGACUCCGUGCUGCACAUGAAGCUCCGCCUCCAGGCCCAGGAGGGCGUGGCCGCCGCCGCCCAGCGCUGGUUCUUCUCCGGGCGGCCGCUGACCGACCGGAUGAGCCUGGAGGAGCUGCACAUCUCCUGGGACUACGUGGUGCAGGUGAUCGUCAGCCAGCCCCCGCCCCCGCCCCCGCAGAACCCCACGCCCGUGGAGAACUAGCGCCCCCUACAGGCCGGGGCGGGGCAAGACUGCGGGACCCCGGGGCUCAGGGUUUUGACUUCAUUACUGAUAGUCCUGUUUUCAGCCCUUUUUGGAAUUUUGCUUCGUUUUAUUUUUUUGAACCUUUCUUCUCCUCCUCACUCACACCCCUCCUUUCUCUUUGUUCUAAACCGUGGGUGCAUACGUGCCUCCCUCAGGACACCAGAAAUCAGGAGGGGGUGUGGGCGAGGGGGGAGGGGUAUGCUUGGAGGGGGCCCACACCUGUUUUUUUUACCUGCUUUCAGGAAGCCCAUCUUUUUGUUUUAUUUGUUGCUGUUGUGUUUUUGAGGAGAAGUGAACAACCAAAAAAGUCUUUAAAAAGUUAACAGUAAAAGAGGGCGGGGAUAAGUGGGCAUCAUGUGACUAUUAAAAAAGACUUUUUAAAAAUCUUUGACAAGUUUUCACUACUCAGAUCAGCUACUCAUCUGAAAGGGAAGACUGUUCACGCGAGCUGAUCCUUCUUUAUCUCAUUUCUUCUGGAGCCAGUGUUCCUGAAAGGGCAAAUGUUCACAGCACAAGGAGAGCAGGCAUCAAUCAGGGCCUGUUGAUCCCAACUUAUUUCUGCUUUGAAGGGGGGUGGGCCGGGGGGUGUGGGGGGUGCAGGGGCGGGGCGGGGAGGGGUGGGGGUGGGGGGGUGGUCAGGACUGCAGUAAUAACUCGUCUACAGUACAGACUGUGUGAACUCCUCACCACCGAGGCAUGCUGGGAUAUGCAGUUCUGGGCAAGUCUGCUGUUGGACUCCAGGUAUAAGGGCCCAGCACAGUGUGUGUGUGUGUGUGUGUGUGUGAGAGACUGUAAGAGUGUAUGACUGAAUGAAUGUGUAUUAGUGGAGUGUACGACUGAAUGAAUGUGUGAAUUUAUGAAUGUGGGGGUGUACCAGACUGGCACAGUACGCAUGCUGGCCUGCAGUCAGAGGUACGGAUGGACGGAGGGAUGGAUGGAUGGAUGGAUGGACGGAGGGAUGGAUGGAUGGAUGGAUGGAGCACUGUGAAAGUAGCCUUUGAAUGGACGGAAUGCAACCCUUUCACACGCCCCUACUAGUGUGUGUUUUUCUUUUAUAUAUUUUCUAAUGAUUUUUAAAGUGUUAAGGCAAAAGGUCUGUACGGGGGGGGCGAAACACAGAAUGUCUAUGCCGCAUAUAAUAUUGCAUAUUUCAGCGUUUGAAAAUGUGCAGAAGUAAACUGAUCAAUAUUUCCA